AUGGCACGAGUCUACGCCGACGUCAACGCCAACAUGCCGCGGUCAUACUGGGACUACGACUCUGUCGCGAUAUCGUGGGGCGUUCUAGAGAACUACGAAAUCGUCCGAAAGAUCGGAAGAGGAAAGUACUCGGAAGUGUUCGAAGGCAUCAACAUUGUCAACUACCAGAAAUGCGUCAUCAAGGUCCUGAAGCCCGUCAAGAAGAAGAAGAUAAAGCGUGAAAUCAAGAUCUUACAAAACCUCUCCGGGGGUCCGAAUAUUGUGGCCCUGUUGGACGUGGUGCGAGACAGCCAGAGCAAGACUCCGUCGCUGAUUUUCGAGAACGUCGACAACACCGAUUUCAGGACCCUCUACCCACGGUUCGUGGAUUUCGAUGUGCGCUACUAUAUUUUCGAGCUGCUCAAGGCCCUGGAUUUCUGCCAUUCCAAGGGCAUCAUGCAUCGAGACGUCAAGCCGCAUAACGUUAUGAUCGACCAUGCGAAAAGAAAGCUUCGACUGAUCGACUGGGGUCUCGCCGAAUUCUACCAUUCAGGCACAGAAUACAACGUCCGCGUCGCAUCCCGCUACUUCAAGGGCCCCGAGCUCCUGGUCGACUACCAGGAGUACGACUACUCCCUCGAUAUGUGGUCCUUGGGCGCCAUGUUCGCCUCGAUGAUCUUCCGAAAAGAGCCCUUCUUCCACGGCAAUUCCAACUCGGAUCAACUGGUAAAGAUUGCCAAGGUCCUCGGCACGGACGACCUGUUCGAAUACCUUGAUCGCUAUGACAUUGAGCUGGACGCGCAGUACGACGACAUACUAAGCCGGUUUCCGAAGAAGCCGUGGCAGAGCUUUGUCAAUGCCGAUAAUCAGCGCUUCGUGAGUCCCGAGGCUAUUGACUUUCUCGACAAGUUGUUGCGAUAUGACCAUCAGGAACGUCUUACUGCUCAAGAAGCCAUGGCCCAUCCGUACUUUGCACCUGUGAGGACGCAAGCAGCUCAACAGCAGAAUUCUCAGAACCACGUUUCUUGA